AUGGGCGUUUCAGUUGGCUUGCUCUCAACCAUGAACCAUAACAUUUCUUACAAUCUGGCAUGGAGAACUUUAGCUGAUCCAGCACGCAUAUCAUCCAAUUCCAUACGAGAGCAGUUAGGACAUAGCCUUUUGUCCUCUAUUAAGUAUGCGUACAAGGUUGAUCAGAGGGACUCAAGCAUAAGACCAACACGUGGGUAUGCUUUCCUGUCGUCUUCUCAAGUUAGAGGUCUUGCUCCAGAAAGCAAAUAUUCACGGUUUGUAAGACAGGAAUUUGAUCUUCGAGUGGCUUUGCCUCUCGGUGUGCUGAAUGGUGCUCUCAAUGCCGGAGUGGCUGAGGGAGUCAUCCAUCCAUUGGAAUGGGGGCCUGCAGGAUCUGUCUCACCACUUGCAGAAAGGUUUUACUUGGGUGGCAACAGGUCCCUUGUUUGCCGCUUGGGCGGGCCAUCAUCGCUGUCAGGCUUCAAAGCAAGAGGUCUGGAGCCGAGAGACUUGCGAUCCUGUGGCCUCACUGAUUCUGAGAAUGGCGCUUCCACUUCUCCUGAGCUAGAUGGACUGGGAGAGGUACUAUGCUAUAAUUGCAUUCUUUUUAGGACAGAGGUAGUACCUCUGAAGCCACUCAGGGAUCUUGGAAUUCAUGGCCAUGCAUUUGCUUCAACUGGAAAUCUUGCUAAACUAACAGAGCGUGAUCUUCGGAAAUUUCCCCUUACUGAUCUCCUACAAACAUUCAGAAGUUUUGUGGGAUUUGGUGUAGUUGUGCCAACCAGACUGUUUCGCAUAGAGAUGAAUUACUGCCACAUCCCAAAACAGUUCGAUCAUGACAAGGGGAAGACAGGCAUCCAGUUUAACUUCUCAUCACCCUAA